CGUCCUUUCUAACUGGAAUGACAACCACCUUGCUACUAGCAUAGCAGUCGGAUCCAGAUAAAGAACUGGGAAACAGUGGCCACACGAUCACAAACAAGGGGAGGUGACCAAUAAGGGAAACAAAGGAGAUUAUUUUGUAACGCUUCGGAGCACUUGAUCCUCAUUUUGCACCCCGUUACAGGCAGACCAAGCUCAGAAGCUGGACAGUGCGCUGCGCCUGGUCGCCCCUGGUUACCCUCCACCAUGCCUUUCCCCUUCGGCAAGUCCCACAAGUCGCCUGCGGACAUCGUGAAGAACCUGAAGGACAGCAUGGCGGUGCUGGAGAAGCACGACAUCUCGGACAAGAAAGCCGAGAAGGCCACGGAGGAGGUGUCCAAGAGCCUGGUGGCCAUGAAGGAGAUCCUAUACGGCACCAAUGAGAAGGAGCCCCAGACAGAGGCGGUGGCCCAGCUGGCCCAGGAGCUGUACAACAGCGGGCUGCUCAGCACCCUCAUCGCUGACCUGCAGCUCAUCGACUUUGAGGGUAAGAAGGACGUGGCUCAGAUCUUCAACAACAUCCUGAGGCGCCAGAUCGGCACUCGGACGCCCACCGUGGAGUACCUCUGCACCCAGCAGAACAUCCUCUUCAUGCUGCUCAAGGGGUACGAGUCCCCGGAGAUCGCCCUGAACUGCGGCAUCAUGCUGAGGGAGUGCGUGCGGCACGAGCCGCUGGCCAAGAUCACACUGUGGUCGGAGCAGUUCUACGACUUCUUCAGAUAUGUGGAGAUGUCCACGUUCGACAUCGCCUCAGACGCAUUCGCCACUUUCAAAGACCUACUCACGAGACACAAGCUACUAAGCGCCGAGUUCCUGGAGCAACAUUACGACAAGUUUUUCAGCGAAUACGAGAAGUUGCUCCACUCUGAAAACUAUGUGACCAAAAGGCAAUCUCUCAAGCUACUUGGGGAGCUGCUUCUCGACCGGCACAACUUCACCAUCAUGACGAAAUACAUCAGCAAGCCGGAGAACCUCAAGCUCAUGAUGAACCUCCUGCGAGACAAGAGCCGCAACAUCCAGUUCGAAGCCUUCCACGUCUUCAAGGUGUUUGUGGCCAACCCAAACAAGACGCAGCCCAUCCUUGACAUCCUGCUGAAGAACCAGACCAAGCUCAUCGAGUUCCUCAGCAAGUUCCAGAACGACCGGACGGAGGACGAACAGUUCAACGACGAGAAGACCUACCUGGUCAAACAGAUCCGGGACCUGAAGCGGCCCGUCCCCCAGGAGGCCUGAGGGGAGCCUGGGGGGUGGGCGGCUGAGAUAGUUGAAGGGAGAUGGGAGGAGGGAGGGAGGGAGGGUGUGCGCGUUGUCAUGGGGAAUGCAGCAGGGAAGAGCCUCCAUGGAGGCCGAAUGGACCCGUCAGCCGACACCGCCCCUCCGGUUGUUUCUCGGGAAAUACAUUUAAGGAAGCAAAAGCAAAAGAAAACCAGCGCACCCAUCACGUGACAUCGGGAAAGCUCUUCUGCCUCUCAAGGGACAUUGAAAAUUUUUGUUUCCUUCUAUCUUUUGCUAUUUUUAUUUUCAAAUUUUCUUCCUUCCUUCAUUCAAAAAAAAAAAGAGAAAUAAUAGUUGCUGCUGCUUCCUUGCACAUUGAGACAUGUUUAAAGUAUUCCCUGUUUACUAAUGACACACACACACACACACACACACACACACACACACACACACACACACACACACACACACACACACACACAAAUCACUUAUGCACAUAGUACAUGAAAAAGGACUUUGAAGCUUGUGAUGGGGUGGGGGGAAGGUUCUAGCACGCUGAACAUUGGGCUGGCUGAUGCAUGCCGUCUGGAUAUGUGACAGAUCCAUGGCUGGGCACCUGCCGCUCGGGAGACGUCCUCCGUGCACGCCCACCGGACCCGGCUCCUACCCUAGGUCCAGUGCCACAGGCUGAGGGGGAGGGGAGAGAGAAAAAAAAAGUGCACGCGCUCUGUACGCCUUCAUUCAUUUAAGCGGCAGGUCUUUUUGUAUGGUAUUAUAAAUUGAUUUGGGACGAGGACGUGAGCUCAGAACACAUCUGGCGGCAGGACCACUGACGUCCCGCCGUGCGCUCGGUUACAUUACAGCACUUCGAGCUCGCGGCGGCGUGGGGUCCAGGGUCAAUUUGUACAUAGGCCUUUUUUUUUUGCUUUGUAGAUUUCCUUUUUGUUUAACCUUGACAUAUGAAUAUAUAUUAUAUAUAUAUCACCUUAACCAUCGUGUUUUUGGUUCUUUGUAAUCAAAUUACUUUUUAAAAACUUAAAGGAGGCCACAAAGAAAGUCGAAUGACAUGUUUUUUUGUUCAUUCAUUUUUUGUUUUGAUUUUACUGCUGGUUGGGUUGCUAGCGUGUGUCUUUGUACAUAACCUCAAGGUCCACAUUUAGCCAAACUAAAGGACACGAAUCAUUUGCGGAAUCAUACAGCGGAGGAAUGUCGUGGUUUUAGCUCUAAUUUUGUUAAUCCUCAUUGAUUUCUCAACUUUCUCCUUUGAGCGUCCUUCCCAGAGCACUGCAACGGGGGGGCGUGAGGAAAGGCUGGGCCAUCGAGGGGAGAGGAGGGCAGGGGCCACAGGAGAGCGCUCACUGACACAUUAAGCCUGUCGGUGUUCUGUGUACUUUGGAGACGGCGCGUGUCGAUUGGUCGACAUAAAUCAGGAAGGGGAGGGCGAGGGGGUUUCCAUUCGCCAGUACUUUAACAUCAGUCCAACUUGAUCCCCUCGGUUUAUUUUCACUUUCAGGCUUUUUUUGCGGGUUUAUAAUUCCAGUACAAAUGCGAGUGUAAAGCAUUGUGGGAAGCACUGGACUACGGGCAUGUUGAACUGUAGAGUAUAGCAAAACAUGGUGUCAAGCUGGGCGUUGGGUUUGCAGUGAGUGAUCUUGGCAUAGUCUAAAGUCUAAUCAGAUUGUUGUAUUUGAGCUGAGGACUGGAGCAUACUUGCACAUCUCCACUUCUAUUCAGGCAAAUUCUCUACCAUCUUAUUGUUAAGAACAAACCGCAGCACUCAGAUUUUUGCCCAUACCUCCAUGCACAUCGAUUUGAUCUUCCGUGAUCUUGCAUGACCCUCCAUUGGCUGUGCAUGAUGCUGUACAAAAAAUGUUGUACUGGAAUUGUGUUUUGCCCCAAAUAUUGAACAACAAAUGAAAUGUUGAAUGAAACGCUUAAGUAUGGCUGUGCGCUGGAUUUUACUCCAAUUUCAGCAUAGAGUGUGGGUUGCUUUCUCAACUGUCAAAAGGCAUGGGCCCUACAAUCCAAACAAUUGAAAUAAAAACAUUUGGAAUAAAAUAUGGAA